AAAUACUAUGUUUUGUUGUCAUAAUUCAUUAUUUAUAUGUAUUUAAAACCUAAUAUAUUGUUACAUUAUGACGUUUAUAGGGCAUACUCUAUAGUACCAUGCCUAUAGAUCCAUUCACAGCAUUUCUUUUGGGAACAUGCUGCUGCAUAUGUUGGCCCUGUUUACUGCCAUUGUGUCUGUCUCUGCCCGUGAUACCGCUGCCAAUGAUUAUAAUACGGCAGCAGGACUUCGGACCGAAUGCCCAGGCUGCCCAGAAUGGGCAGUGCGUCCAGAGCCGGCGGCAGCAACAAUUCCAGGCUAAUGGAUACUUCAAUGGCUUAAGGAGUAGUCUUCGCUACUUCCCCUUCGAAGGGUUUGAUGGACGGAGAUACAAUGUGGUGGUCGACAGCAAUACCAACGAUUUCAUCUUCCAAAAGACCACAUAAAUGGUAAAUAAAAUUGUACCGUAAUGUGCUUUUGUUAUUAAAAUAAUGUAAUAUUGAAGUAAAUGGUUUUAUUAAUGACUCUUU